AUGGCCGACCCGGAGCCCCGCAUAAAGAGCGAGGAGGUGGUGGUGAAGCCCGAGGAGGAGAUCCACAUCGAGGAGUUGCACUUCGAGGACCUCGACAAGUCCAAUUCCGACGGCAACGACCGAAACGAGACGGUCGUCCUGCGGAACAUCGAGCUCUCCGAGGCCACCGAAGGCGGCCAGCAAAUCGAGUUCCUCGGCAAGAUAAUCUCCCAGGCCAAUUCCGACGGCAACUUGGAGAUCAACACGCUCGAAGAGGACGACGUCAUACACACCUACAUCAUCAGCGAGGAUAACUACCAAGGUAUCGACGGUGAGACUAUUAUAUACGAAACGGGCGAGGGGGAGAAUUCCAUCGAGUAUUUCAUCGAAGACGGUAGUACUGAAUACACCACCGUUAUCAACGAAGAUUCCAAUUUAAUCGAGUACACCAGCGUGGAGAUUAUAGAUGAAAGCGAGAGCUUAGACGACAAACCCAUAGCAGUGGAAGAAAUCGAAGAUGAUGACGACGAAGAAGACGAUGAAAGUAACGAGGUGGAAUCGAUCGAAGAUGACGAUACGAACUCGGUGUAUUACGAGGAGAGGGAAUGGAACGAAAACGAAGAAAGCAGCGAUGCGAUGGUGAUCGAUCAAGAAGUCGAUAAGACUUCAGUGGAUGCUGCUGCAUUGCAAGAGGUUAAAAAGGAGGAAUAUUCCAGUUGCGGCAUUUGCGAUAAAUCCUUCAGAACGCUCGCCGGUUUGAAACGCCACGUAACGAUCUACCACGAAAAGAAAGAAGACAACGAUUUCGACGAUCCCCUGUCGUUGGAGCUGUGCCCGUGCUGCGGAGAACCCUGGGACUCUGCUCACACGAUAGGCGACUACAAGUGCGAGCACUGCGACAAGCUGUUCGUGCAGGUCAACUUCCUGCAGCGGCACAAGAGCAUCGAGCAUCCGACGAACGAGGGCCGGUUCGUGUGCGUCGAAUGCAAACGGGAAUUCGCCGCCAAAUCGGCGCUGGUCGAUCACAUGAAGGUCCAUCCGGUGAAGAACGUCAAGUGCUUGGAUUGCAACAAGGAGUUCUCGCGGAAGUACCACCUCGACAGGCACAUUGGCCAGACGGGCUGCAUGGGCCAGCCGAGGAAGAUGUACGAUUGUCGCGUGUGCGACAAGUACUUCACGAGGAAGGACAAUCUGGCGGAGCACCUGCGCAACCACGCCGGGCAAUCGAAGCAGAAGAAGAAGUACACGUGCCAGUACUGUCAGAAGCAGUGCCAGGGGAUCACGUUGUUGAACGUGCACGUGCGCACUCAUACGGGGGAUAGGCCUUACCAGUGCGAUUUGUGUCCGAAACGGUUCCCUUCGACGGGCGCCAUGAAGAAGCACAGGAGGAAACAUACGGGCGAGAAACCGUACAGUUGCGAUCAAUGCCACCGGAAAUUCUCGGCCAAAGAAACGUUGAACCGGCACUAUCGCAUCCACACGGGCGAGAAGCCGCACCGUUGCCAGUUCUGCGGCAAGGCGUUCAUCCAGCCGUCGCAGUUGCGCGCGCACAUCUUCCAUCACACCGGCGAGAACGCGUACACGUGCUCGUACUGCGGCAGGGCGUUCAAUCGCAAGUUGCGGCUCACCAAUCACAUCAAAUACAUGCACGAAGGGGCCGAUCCGCUGCCGUGCAGCGUUUGCUCGAAGACGUUUUUCAGGAAGGAGGACGUCGCCAGGCAUAUGUUGUCGCAUACGGGCGAAAGACCGUUCAGCUGCGAGGUGUGCAACAAAUCGUUCGCCGUCCGCUCGUCGCUCAAGAUCCACAUGAACACGCACCGCAAAGAGCAGCCGUGCAGCUGCGAAACGUGCGGCCGGGCGUUCAUCCGCAGGGACUGUCUGAUGCGGCACAUCCGCAGCCGGCAUCGCGACGUCCUCGAGGACAUCGUCGCCAACGCGGAGAAGAAGCGGCUGCAGGAGCAGCUGCUGACGGCGGCGGCGGCGUCGGACGACGCCGACGAGGCGAUGACGAAGAACGUCGUUUGGACCGAAUUGACGUUGACCGAAUCGAUCAAGGAGCUGCUGACGUUGCUGGUCGACGAGGAGUGUCUGUUGGAGUUCGGGUAUCCGGAGGCGCCGGUCGAUAAGGUUCUGGAUAGCGUGAUAGCGAAAUGCGGUCACAAGCCGGCGUCCGAGGAGGAUUUCGAUUACAUCGGUAGGAUUCGAGAAAAUGCCAAACUCUUGUUUACUGUCGUAAUCGACGACGAGGCCGUUAAAGAGCUGCUCAACAAUCAGACGGUCGACGAGGUGAUUGUGCACGUUUUGAAAUUGGCGAAGAAGCCGACGUCGGGCAGCAGCGAAAAUUCAAAAUAA